AUGCUGUCUAGCGAAAUAGAGCACAGCCAGAUAACACGACUAAACCAAUGGCCGUCAACUUUCAUUUCCCCCAUGGGCUUUUCACCACCCACGCCGGGAAGUGACUUACAAGACACCAAUCUUAAUCCCGAGAGAGUAAUAGAUGAAGGGAGCUUGGCAGCCGGUACAAUAGGCUCAUUUGGCCUAAAAUCUUGGACCACAGACAACCAAACCGAUGCAUUGAUGACUUCCAGGCACAAAAAGAUAUAUGAGAGCGUUUACUCUUUACCCCCUACCCUUAAUUCGCCCAAAGUGCCGAUGUGGAGCACUUACGGAAUUCGACUGCCGUCACAAUACUUUAUUCCUCCUGACUUUGGAACUUCAAAUGGGAUGUUAGGAAACAGCGCUGUAGAUGAGGUGGAGAGCCUUCCUGCAUUUUCAGUGCUCGAUUCCGAGCUGCCUCUAUUCCCGAGCCAACUUUCCCAGGUCGGGAAUGUUCCAUUUGCAAACAGGAAACCUAACCAACUUCCAAGCCAUCAGUCUCUAACUCUCAACACAAACGUUGUUACUCGCCCUCUGUCAGACUCUUAUUUUUCCCUAUCAAGCAACACUGGAUCUUUCGACUUCACCAGUCUUUCUGCCUUUUCAGAAGUUCCGUCUUUUGCCUCUGAUACUAGUUCUGAAUAUACCCCGAAAAGCUCUCUUAACCUAUCUUCUACGCCUCUUUCCCCUGUUCCAUCUCCAAGACAUACACAGUCUGAUCUAGUUCGUGGAGGGAGUCGACAAAGAGCCUCAGUAAGCCCCAGCGCAAGUAUCCGAGCAAGCCCGCAUAGCUUAGACGGUGUCCGCAAACGAUGGUCGACAGGCUGCUACGCACCACGCCCAAAUCGUGUUACGUCUCCAUUCUUGACACAAAAUCAUGUCAGUUUAUCCCGGCUCCCAUCUCCUUCCAUGUGGCAAAACCGCAUUUCCUCAUCGACGAAUACUGCACGACAACAGACAAGGAAUAGAAGCUCGGCACAUUUUCAACAGAAUAAUCUUUUGCUGCUUUCAAAUUUUGAAGGGAAUGCUCGUUUCAGAAAUCCUGCUGUGCUAGCAUCCCAAGGUACUUUUAGAACACUACCAAGUGACACAGACCCCCAAUAUCAUUAUUUCGACCUCUAUUCCGAGUUUCCUAGCCCACCCGAUUUGCUAGGACCGUUAAAGGAGGAACCAGUUCCCCCUCCUCCUGAGGAUAUGAUGCCGGAUGAUCCGAACAUGAUACCUCAUAAACAAGAGCUUCGGUUCGAGAAUGAUUUGUAUACGCCAAAAUGGGUUCGAGGCCACGGAAAUAAGCGUGAGGGCUGGUGUGGAAUUUGCAAGCCAGGUCGGUGGCUUGUGCUCAAGAACUCUGCGUUUUGGUAUGAUAAAAGUUUCAGCCAUGGCAUCAGUGCCGCUGCGGGCCAGGCAUUUGCACCUCCCAAAGAAGCAAGGAGAACAGAAGGAAAUACAAGUGUCUGGGAAGGCCUCUGUGCAAACUGUGGGGAUUGGGUAGCUCUGGUGAGCAGUAAAAAGAAGGGUACUACAUGGUUCAGACAUGCAUACAAGUGUCAUAACAAUAAUCAAAAGAACGAAACCCUCAAGCGCCGCAGAGAGCACCAUCCCAAUAAAGCCCGUCAGCCAGAUCCAGAUUCCCUUUCGAAAUCAACUUCCCAAGUAGCGAUUCCGAGAGUAGAGCCAACGGGCCCAUUAACAUUCCUGUAG